CCAUACACCACAAGAUAAGGUGGUGUAUGUGCUAUUCCCCCGAUGGCUUUCUCUCUCCCACUCUCUCUCCUCAUACUCUUCCUCUCUCUUCUGGCCUUCAAGCUCCUCCUAUGGCGCAGAUACAAGCUCCCUCCGGGCCCCAAGCCCUGGCCCGUUGUUGGGAACCUCUACGACAUAAAGCCAGUGAAGUUUCGGUGCUUCGCGGCGUGGGCCAGCACGUAUGGGCCCAUCAUAUCCGUGUGGUUCGGAUCGACUUUGAACGUUGUCGUGUCGAGCUCUGAAAUGGCUAAGGAAGUGCUCAAGGAUAAUGAUCAAAUGCUGGCUGAUAGGCCGAGGAGGAAAGUGGCCGAGCUGUUUAGUAGGAAUGGCCAGGAUCUGAUAUGGGCUGAUUAUGGGCCCCAUUACGUUAAGGUGAGGAAGGUUUGUCAGGUGGAGCUGUUCACUCCAAAGAGGCUUGAGGCACUCAGGUCCGUCAGAGAGGAUGAAGUGACGGCUAUGAUUGAAACCAUCUUUAGAGACUGCACCAAGCCGGGCAACCAUGGGAAGAGCAUGGCAGCUAGAGACUUCCUAACACCAGUAUCCUUCAACAACAUAACGAGAUUGGCCUUGGGGAAGCGAUUGAUGGACGCGGAGGGGAGGAUGGAUGAUCAAGGCAAGGAGCUCAAGUCAAUUGUCACCGACGGCAAUAUCAAGUUCGGCGGGUCCUUUCCCUUAACUGAGCACGUCCCGUGGCUCAAAUUCUUCAACAGGACCGACGAAGUGGCACUAGAGAAACAUGAGGCCCGUAGAGAUCGACUCACUAAAGCCAUCAUGGACGAGCACACACAAGCUCGUCUAAAAAAUGGCGCCAAGCAUCACUUUGUCGAUGCCCUCCUAACCCUACAGGAUCAAUACAAACUCAGCGACGACACCAUCAUUGGCCUACUAUGGGACAUGAUAUCUGCUGGCAUGGAUACAACAGUCAUAGUAGUGGAGUGGGCCAUGGCAGAGCUGAUCAAGAACCCUAGAGUUCAACAAAAAGCCCAGGAGGAGCUGGACGCAGUGAUCGGCUCCGAUCAUGUCAUGACAGAAGCCGACUUCCCAAAUCUCCCUUACUUACAAUGCGUCGCCAAGGAGUCCCUGCGCUUACACCCGCCCACACCUCUCAUGCUCCCCCACAAGGCUGCUAACCACGUCAAGCUCGGUGGCUACGACAUCCCCAAGGGCUCGAUCGUGCAUGUCAAUGUAUGGGCCUUGGGUCGUGACCCAGCCGUCUGGAAGGAUCCAUUAGCAUUCCGUCCCGAGCGUUUUCUCGAAGAAGAUAUCGACAUGAAGGGUCAUGACUUCCGCCUGUUGCCUUUCGGCGCAGGCCGGCGUGUGUGUCCUGGUGCCCAGCUAGGAAUCAACUUGGUUCAAUCGAUGCUCGGCCACCUGUUACACCAUUUCAACUGGGCCCCACCAGAAGGUGUUAAGGUAGAUGAUAUCGACAUGACGGAGCAUCCCGGACUAGUGACUUUCAUGCAUACCCCACUUCAAGCCGUUCCGACCCCUAGAUUGCCUGCUCAUCUCUAUAAGCGUUUCUAAUUCUCUCUCUCUCUUUUCUAUCUUUCAUUUUAGUUUUCCACUGUCUUUGCUAUGUGAUGGGGCAUAAAUUACUUUAUGACUAUCGAUGGAUUUAUGUUAGAUGACUAUUGAAUGCAAUCCACAAUGCAAGCGUGUACGGUGACAUUAAUGAUAGAAAAUUUAAUUAAUGUGUGGACAA